CGCGCGCGCAGCGGCAGACCGCAACCCCAUGGAGCCCGAACCCGAGUCAGCCUCCGUGGAGGUGCCUGCCGGGCGCGUGCUCAGUGCCCCGGAGCUCUUCGCUGCCCGUUCCAGGUCCCAGAAGCUGCCCCAGCGCUCGCAUGGCCCCAAGGACUUCCUCCCCGACGGCUCAGCGGCCCAGGCUGAGCGCCUGCGAGUGUGCCGCGAGGAGCUCUGGCAGCUGCUGGCGGAGGAGCGCGUGGAGCGCCUGGGCAGUUUGGUGGCCGCCGAGUGGAGACCGGAAGAAGGCUUCGUGGAGUUGAAGUCUCCUGCGGGUAAAUUCUGGCAGACCAUGGGCUUCUCAGAGCAGGGCCGGCAGCGGCUUCACCCGGAAGAGGCCUUGUAUCUGCUGGAGUGUGGCUCUAUCCAGCUCUUCCACCAAGACCUUCCGCUGUCUAUCCAAGAGGCCUACCAGCUGCUGCUUACUGAAGACACCGUGACUUUCCUGCAGUACCAGGUCUUCAGCCACCUGAAGAGACUGGGCUAUGUGCUUCGACGAUUCCAAGCAAGCUCCGUCCUGUCCCCUUACGAGAGGCAGCUGAACUUGGAUGGCAGUGUCCAGCGCUUGGAGGAUCGGAAUGGCAAGAGGAAGAGGAGGAGCUCCAGCUCUCAGUCCAUUAAUAAGAAGCCCAAGGUCCUGGAGAACCCCCUGCAGGGGGUGGAUGGGACACCCGAGAGCCUGGCAACCUCCAGCCCACCUCCCCGAAACCAGAACAGCCGAUGUCCAGAGGAGAAAUCCCAGGAGUCAAGCCCCGUAAAGGGCCCCAUGGGCCCCUUUCAGCUUCUUGGGUCCCUGGAGCCCUGCCCUCGGCUGGCCAGGGAGGGGGUGCGGUGCAGCCAGGAGAGUGGCAAAAUGGAGAACGGGGUCAAGGGGGCUUGCAAGCCACGCUGGAACUUUGAGCAGAUCUCCUUCCCCAACAUGGCUUCAGAUAGCCGCCAUACCCUCCUGCUUGCCCCCGCCCCAGAGCUGCUCCCGGCCAACGUGGCAGGGCGGGAGACAGACGCUGAGUCCUGGUGCCAGAAGCUAAACCAGCGGAAGGAGAAGCUCUCCAGGCGGGAACGGGAGCAACAGGCGGAGGCCCAGCACUUCCGGGAGGAUGUAAACUCGGAUCCCGAGGUGCAGCGCUGCUCCAGCUGGCAGGAGUACAAGCAGCUGCUGCAGAGGCGGCACCUGCAGAAGACCCAGAGCCGCCCCCCACACCUGUGGGACCAGCCUGUCACGCCAUUGCUGAGUCCCGGUCAGGCACACUCCCCAGCCACAGUCCUUCAGCAUAUCUCUGUGCUGCAGACGACACACCUUGCUGAUGGAGGUGCGCGGCUGGUGGAGAAGUCUGCGGGCUUGGAGAUCAGCUUUGAUGUUUACCAGGCCGAUGCCGUGGCCACCUUCCGAAAGAAUAACCCUGGCAAGCCCUAUGUCCGGAUGUGCAUUAGUGGAUUUGAUGAGCCAGUCCCAGACCUCUGCACCCUCAAGCGGUUGUCCUACCAGAGCGGGGAUGUUCCUCUGAUCUUUGCCCUGGUGGAUCACGGAGACAUCUCCUUCUACAGCUUCAGGGACUUCACGCUACCCAGGGAUCUGGAGCACUGACCACACAGCUCUGGCAGGGCCUGGGGUCUGCUCUGAGGGACCUGGACUGUCUACUCUCAGGGACCAUCUCAGUUGCCUCCUACACCCAGACUCUGACCUGUAGCUUCAGAGGCUAGUCUGGGCCUUGGCCCUGGGUGUCUGAUGCUUGCAGGAGAGGGGAGCUUUGCCCCCCCUACCUGGCUGCUGCAGCGCUUCCAUGCCCCAGGCCUGAGAUUGCUGCCUUGCAGUAAAUCCCCUUGGAACUCAGGACUAGAUUUCAGAGACCAGCGAGGCGGGGCAGAAGAGAGGACUCCGUGCCUUUAAAUGAGAAGGUGCCUGCUUCUUGCGAUAAAGCCAAAGCCAUUAAAAAAUAGAUCCCUUUUCUGCUGUGGCUGGAUAUACUGGACGAGUCCUCCCGACCCACCAUCCCAUUGUCCGUGGAACUGGCCCCCAGGCCCUCACCCCUGCUUUAUCCACCCACAGAGAGCAACUGCGUUCUCUGGUGCUAGAGCUAAGAGCAGCCCUCGGGAGGGCAGGAAUGCGACCCGACCCUUUCUCGGGGAAGUCACUGACUUCUAGCUAGCUUGGCUUUCAGAAGGGUAGUCCGAGGAGGGAAGAUGGCAUUCCACUGGUCCUUCCCUGAACGCAGCCAGGUCCGGGUAGAGGGGCGGCCGAGAGGCGACAUGUCGGUGUGGCUUGAAUCGUAGUCUUAUUGACCUGUGCGGUGGAGCGUGCAGUUCACGCCCAGGCCUCGGGCCUGGCCUCCGCGCCCCUUCUGCUUCUGUCUCUCGUCGUUCCUAAUCCCCUCCCUCGUCGUGCUGAAAACUCCGGUCGCUGUUGCUGCCGGUGACUCGGAGGAAGGUCCAGGCUUGGGGGCCGCCCAGAGAGGAGGCGCCUCGGCGACGCCCCAGUUCCCAAACCACCUAGUUCUUGGGUCCCGAGACUUGGCCCUGUGUUCGCCGGUCACCCUCUCUGAUUGGGUUGGGCGCUUUCAGGAAGAGCCUGCCGGGCUAUGCCCCUCCCUCCGG